GAUGUGCGAUAAAGAUAGCUAAAAAUCCUGACCUCUUGUUACCCUGAAUGGCUGAAGUGAAUCUGUCACAUAAUCUGAACAGGUGGAGGUAGUCGGACAGAUAAAUCGUUAAAAUUAUUAUAUCACUGAUAUUCAAAAUAAGUAAGGCUAGCUCAUGACAUAUUUAUUCACAUCGACUUUACAACUGUGAGAACGUUCACCCUUCUACCUGUGUCCGGUUCUGAGUUUUUUUUUGUGUUUGACCAACGGGUUUUCUCUCUCCAACCUCUGCGUGUCUCUGCCGAUCCCACACAACACAGGCGACUACAAGCAGGAAGUAGGAAGAAAAAAAAAAAAAAGGCAGACAGCAGCUGAAGAAAAUAAGGAAGUAAACGCUGUAGGAUCGGAGCUGGAGCCCCUCUUCUGCUGUAAAGUGAAACUUAAUCAGUCGACAGCCCACUAAUAUAAUUCAAGGUACAGCCGCUGUGCUAAGGAAGCUAGCCGUCAAGCUAAUACCUCCACUGACUCUGCAUCAUCUCAAAACUAGCCCUAGACAGAAAGAAAAAAAAACAGAGGGGGGGAGGAAGACACAGACGACUUCAUUCCUGCAGAGUGGACUGAAUGGAGGAGGGUGAGAGGGGGAAAAGACAAAAACAGAACAAAACGUGAAAAGGUCAGGGCCUGACGACGUACAGAGAGAGCCACCAUGGACCACAAAGAGGAACCCCAGGAAGGAGCCAUCAGGGUGAAACAGGAGGAGCUGCCACAGAUGGACGGGUCAUGUGAUGAGUGCGAGCCUGAUGAGGCCCAACCGGCCACACAAGUGUGCCACAUCUGCAGCUUUGCCUUCUGUCCAGUCCAUGCUGAGAGACACGCCAGCAGGACGCAUCAUCCUCUAAUUCCUUAUAACCACGAGGGGACACAAGCUAAUGGACUUGGCACCAGCAGAGACUCCAGAGUCGGAGGGGAAGCUGAGGAUGAGGCUGGUGCGGAGAAGGCAGCUGGAAUGGGCGCAAAUCAGGGGAGGGCACCACUUGGAGUGUCAGUGACUAAUGGGGAUGAGAGCGAUGAUGCUGAGGGAAGCAAGGUAGCCCAGAAUAGUCUACCCCUGGCGGCUGAGCUGGGUGACGGAGCUGAUGGUGCUGAGCCACGGCAGGAGGCCAUGGCUGCCGGAGAGGCGUGUAAGAGGGACACUGUGACAGUAGAGAGACUGCGCUGCAAGGAGCAUGGGCAGGAAGGCUCCCUCUACUGUAAACCAGAUGAGAAGAUAAUCUGUGUGGUGUGUGCCGUGCAGGGUGAGCACAGGGAUCAUGAGAUCAUUACUCUGCAUGAGGCCUAUGUGUGGCAGAAGAGCAGGCAGGGUUAUGACCUGCUGGGCUGUACACAACAGAUGGCUGAGAAGAUCAAGACCAAGUGGACCAACCCUGAGAUGUCCACAGAGGAGCUAGAGGCCUAUGUGAACAACCAGUUUGAUGAACUCCGCAAACUGGUGCAUCUGGAGGAGAAAAGGACCCUUCACCUAGUAGACCUCAAAGAGGCCUUCCUCACAGCGUCCGCUGCAGAGAAAAUCGCAGAGAUCACCGUCCAAACUGAGCGGCUGCAGGAGGAGAUGGCUAACAUCACACAUCAGCUGUGCCUGCUCGAACAAGCUGAGGCGCAGGCAAUAGGUCCUGCAAUGGUAGCAGAGGUCCUCGUAGCAGGGCCUGGACCAGCCCACAGAUUGCCGCACGACAUUGAGGCCAGGCCAAGGCUACCGGAGCCGAGGGCAGACCCCAUCGACCCACUGGACUUUGAAGACAAUGAUUCUGGGCCAUCCAUGGACCACGCCCCCUGAUGCUAGCACACUAGACUCUUACUGCAUCCACCUGUCCUUCAGUUUCUGCUUCAGCCAGCUGUCAGCCCCGUUGAGCUGUCAGGCUGGCCCACACUCUGACAGCCAUCUCCCUUUUACCACCCCUCCUCUCCCGGUGCCUGCUGGCAGUGAGCUGACCUUGAAGAAGGCUGCUGUCACAAAUAUGGAUGGCCACGUCUUUUCUGCUCUCAAACUUUUUUAAUUCCUCACUAGCUACCAACUUUCUUUAAUUGAAGCACACAAGUUAUGUGCAAUCAAUUACCAUCAGGCUCAGUUUCCACAGCCAGUCAGAUCCUUGGCUUACUGGUGAGCCUGGCUGACUCAGAGAGAAAGCCUGGGUAGGCAGCCGAGCGGAGCAUCUGUUAAGCCCAACAGAUGUCAGGAAUUGGAAAUUCUGUGACAUUUUGUGCUUCACUCUUCAUUUAUUCGCAAUAGCAUUUUAUUCUGUUGUUUUGACAAACACUGUGGACACUCUCAGACAUAAAAAGGGAACAUUUGUCAGAUGCCACAAUGCCUAAAAUUGUCAAGAGAAUAUAUUACAAAGGUGUUCUGGGUAUUAUAGUAUAUAUUCAUUGUAAAAAAAAAAAAAAAA